GCGUGGUUGCUAGGCUUCCUUGAAUGUUGCCCUGGUAACAGUGGAGCUCCUGGAAUCUUCCUGGCCACGCGGGGGAGCUGUCCGGUAUGUGUAGCGCUCACCGCCGGUGGAAGAGCUACUCCGUUGCUACGUCACCACAUUUCACCGAAGGCUUUGAAACAGCUUGGAAAAGCCUAGAAGUUCAUCCUGAGAAGCUUCCAGAAACAGAGAUAAGAUGAGGGGCGCUGCUCUCCUGCUCACGUCCUGUGUAGUUGUGUUUCUCCUCCUGAGCUUCAGCCGCGCUGCCAGACAAGGACAGGACAUCAGAUGUGGAGCCUGCAGGGCUCUGGUUGAUGAGAUGGAGUGGGCCAUAUCCCAGGUAGAUCCAAAGAAAAUGAUCCAGACUGGAUCCUUCAGGAUCAAUCCGGAUGGGAGUCAGUCCAUCAGAGAGGUUCCCCUGGCACGCUCAGAGGGAAACCUCCUGGAUCUGAUGGAGAGUGUGUGUGAGAGGAUGGAGGACUACGGAGAGCGCACAGAUCCGUCCACAAACAGGAAGUCCUACGUCAGGGUCAAGUCUCGGACCGGUGAGGCCCUGGACCUCUCAGAGGCGGCGUUGGACUCAAGAGCGACAUCCAGUUUAAAAUUUGCAUGUGAAACAAUUGUCGAACAUCACGAAGAUGAAAUUAUCGAAUUCUUCGCUCAUGAAACGGAUAAUGUCAAAGACAAACUCUGCAGUAAAAGGACAGACCUGUGUGACCAUGCCUUAAACAUUCCCCAUGAUGAGCUUUGAUAUUCUCUUGUCAGAGCUGCGAUCUCUGACACAAACCAAAUCUUCUGGUGCUGUAAAGUCUCAUGACAUUGCCUCAAGAUGUAAACAAAUCUUUUUAUAUAAGAUCACAGAGAAUUUAGGAGCACUUAUCGUCUAAUUAUGCUGUGUUGUUUUUGGUUACCCAUCCAGUUACUGUAUGUUAUAUAUUUGUUUCUUUCAUUCCCAUCAAACACUCCUCAUUAAACUCAAACUGUGAACAAUAAGAAUUAAUAUUUAGUGUCCUGUUGGAAAUUUAGAAUUACACUUAAAGUUAAUUUAUCUGUCCUGAUUUAUAGCAUUAAUUUGAGGCCUCCUGUCUUGUUUUUCUUUAAUUAGAUCUUUAGAUUAAGUCAAUCUAAUGGUUUACUUAAAGAUUAAAAAUUGUACAAAUAAAUUUGAUUUAAGUGAAGUUAGGUUUUCCAUGGCAAAUAUUUUCUGAGUAGUCCUUAUCUCUUGAAAAGUACCUCCCCAACAACUGCACAAACUGAAUGUAAUAACUCACAACUCAAUUACAUGGUGCACAGACUGCAUGUACCCUGUUUUACAGAAGGACUUAUGAAUCCACCAAAAUAUACCUACAUUUUAUGCUCAUGUUUAGCAAUAUAACAUUUCUUUUAAUUUUGAUGUGGUAGUUUUUCUACCACCUGGAUUACAAAUGGCUAGCAUUAGAAGAAAACCUUCAUGUCGGUAAGCCAGACUGUUUCUUCAAUCUCUAACCGGCAACGUAUGUCCAUGUUUCAGUUUCAGCCUUUUCACUAUAAAAACUAACAAACAGAUGAUUUAAAAAAAGUAAAAAAACAAAAACAUUUUCAUCAAGACUGUUGAGUCUGUUUACAUCUUAGUUUGAAAAUUUGUGUUAAGAUUUCUGGCUUAGAGUGACCUUAUGUUUAAUUGUCUUAAUUCACCUACAUUUUUUUCUUCAAUAAAGCAAAAAGGUGUUAAGUAGUUAAUUUUUUUUUCUUUUACAUCCAUUACAUAUUGUGUUAUUCAUAAUUUUUUGAUUAGGACAACAUGUAAUAUUUAAUAGGAUUAAUUUAAGUAUGGUCAUGUGGAUAUUUAAGUUUAGUUCCUCUGUCAGCAUAAUUAUGCCAAACCCUUGUUACAUCAAUAGAGUGAUAUGUGUUAUGAUGCUAAGCUGAUGGUGAAUGAACAAAACUUACAUUCUGGCUUUUAUUUAAAAAUAAACAAACAAAAAAACUGUUUCACAAGUGA